AUGCCGUGCGUUCUGAGGAGCGAGGAGGAUAUCGCCCGCUGGCUCGAUCUCGGCGAGACGCCCCAGGGCUGGGUGGACGGGAAGGGCGGCACGGCUGACGUGCUCCAGAGCGAGCCGGGGCUCGAUGUAUACCCUGUUCUCCCCGAGGUCGGCAAGAUUGGACAGAGCAAGCACGCGUACAUCCUCCCCGUCGCUGAGCGGAAAGACGGCAUCAAGUCCUUCUUCGCGAAGCAAAACAGCCCUGUUAAGCCGAAGGCGGAGCCGAAAGCGACGCCGAAGCCGACGGCUGAGGCAAAGGCUGAGACCUUCGUCAAGGCUGAGCCCGCAACGCCCACAACGUCGAAACCGAAGGCUGAGCCGACGUCAGAAGUGAAGGCUUCGCAGGAGAAGCCAGCAUCGCAGGAGUCCAAACCAGCUGCGUCUCAGGAGGUCACCGAAGUAGGCGACUCGGAGGACGAGAAGCCCUCCAAGCGGAAAGCAGAGCGGCAAGGUGGGCGACGGACGAAAGUUUCCCGCCCCGUGCCUGAAGCGAAGAAGGACCAGAAGUCAAUCACGAGUUUCUUCAAGUCUCCCCGGAAGUAG